UUAGUGUCAACCGAAAGUUUCUUAUCAGUAGCGACAGCUCCCCGGUAGUGCUCCUCGCAGGUGAAUCAGUGGUGUUCUUUGUGCAAGUGUCAUCACCGCCGACCGACCGAGAGCCGGUGCAAAUUAUCAACCAGAUCGGAGUGUGUCAGUAGUAGUUCACCCAUUUUGCCCCACCCUACCGAAAUCAGUGCCCAGGGAAAAUGUUUCGUGCCUAUGGAUCACUUCCGCCAAGCGAGUGUUCCUCGCCUCUAUCGCCGACGCCCCCUUUCCUUCCUUCAUCUUCCACCUCAACAACAACAACGACGACGGCCCCCGAAUGGAUGACCACCCUACCUUCGUCGGUGGUGGAAUCGACCCCCGUGCUGCUGGGAAGAUCGCUGUCACUGUUUGAGACUGUCACGGCAUCAGUGGAAGGUGGUGAUUCCGGUCAGAUGUUCCACCAUCAUCAUCAACAACAACGGAGGCCAGAGCUGCGACGUCAUUGGUCGUCGUCGUCGGGCGAAAGAACCACAGGAACAGCUGGGAGUGGUUACGAUGGUGGUGAAAGUGGAGACGACGAUGGUUCCGUUGGGCUCAGUAAUCUGCUAGCCAGUGCGAGGUUUUUCAAAACGGAUCGGAACAACAGGGGGAGGAUACGAGGAGAUGCGGCAAAAGGUGAGGUCGAUUAGAUUUGUUUUUGGGACAGGGCUGGUUUCCCAAGUAAUAUUUCAAAAACAAAAUGGAUUUAUUUUAGUUUUAUUUCAAUUUUAUUACGGUCAUCGACGCGACAGUGCUAUCAAUUGGCAUUUAUGUUUCCUAUCAGACGUUGAGACUACCUUACGCAAACUGAAAUUUCUUAGUUAUACUAUAAUAUAUC